AUGUGGAACCAUGCCCUUGCUGACGGCACGGGGAUGGCGCAGUUCCUACAGGCCGUCGGCGACCUCGCACGGGGUCUCCCUCAGCCAUCCGUGCUCCCUGUCAGCUGCGGCGACGACUCGCUCCCGGAGCUGCCGCCGCUGGUCACCUUCAUAGAGAAGAUGAUGGUCACGCUCCAACCACAGGGGUUGGUCUACCAGGACAUCACGGUUCCAUGGAAACUCGUCGACCGUAUCAGAUCCGAGUUCGCGGCCGCCGGGCACCGCGACGACGAGCCAUGCACCGUGUACGAGGCGGUGGUAGCCGUGUUGUGGCAGUGCCGCACCCGCGUGGUCAUGUCCGACACCGACGCCCCUGCGCCGCUCGUCUUUGCAGCCAACGUUCGCAAGCACGUCGGCGCCAGGGACGGCUACUUCGGCAACUGCGUCACGUCGGCGGUGACCGUGACACGGAGUGGCGAGGUAGCAAACGGCGACAUCAAGGACGUCGUGAAGCUCAUCAAGCGCGCCAAGCAGGGGAUACCAGGCCAGUUCAUCAAGAACGACGAGAACGUCGCCAACGGAGAAGAAGGCGGUGGCCUGCACCGGCAAGCAGAUUAUUAUUCUGCGCCUACGGAGACGAUGAUAGAGCAGCUCGCAGACGUGUUGUUCGGGUACAACGCGUUCUACGUGUCGAGCUGGCGGAACCUCGGCUUCGACGCGGCGGACAUGGGCGGCGGGACGCCGGCGAGGGUGAUGUGCCACGUGGAGCUGACGGCGGUGCCCAACUGCGUCGCGUGCGUGCCGUGUGUCCGGAAGGACGGGGCCAACGUGUUGGCGUUGUGCGUCAGGGAGGAGCACGUCGACGCCUUCGUCAGGGCGCUGCAAAACUUCGUCAUGUGA